UAUAUAUAUGUCGAUAUUUUGAAUUUUUCUCAAAAGGACUUCAUGAAUUCUCACUUUCACCCUGUGAUGUCAGUAUAAUGCAGUAGGCUAGGAUAAAUCAUACCAGUCCAGUCCCUGCCAAUUAUAUCCGCAUUAAAACAUUCUUGGUUAUUCACAUGUGAUUUUUAUUUUAAAUUUGCAUGCAAAAGCAGGGCUGAAAGUAGUUUUGAAUUCUUGCCAGUAGCCUACUAUGAAGGUUUCUCAAAGGGAAAAGUGUGCAUGCAAAACUUUCAACACACCUAAAUAGGGUACAACAAUGAUUUAUUUUGGCCUAUUUGCAGAGCAUUCAUCAUGGCCUGUUAUUUGGCUUUAUCAUUCUCUCUUCUUCUUUCCCUGCCUUCUUUGAAAGGCCCCUCUGCCUAUCCACUCUUCAGGAUAAACUGUUAACUAACUUCUCUUUUUGCAUGGCUUCAUGGCUUUAGUUAACUUUCCAAAUAAAUUUAGUUUGUUUCAAUCUGUCACUGAUGUGUCUCCAUAUGAAUGAUGGUGGCUUACAUCGGAUAGAAGGUAAGGUACGGUGUGGUGCGUGUUUCCCUAAUUAGUUGUUUGGUUGUUGGUUGAUAAAUAAGACACGGUUGCGUUUUCGUUUUGAGACAGUCAGAUGCACUCAUAGACAUUAACCUAAUCUGCCUCAAUGCGCAGAUCUCAAGUUUAAUUUAAAAAUCAAUCUGGAGGGAAGCUAGACUAACAUUUAGCAUGAGAAAAGCAUUUGUGGAGAGUGAGAUGUGCGCAUUUGCGCUGUCGUUUUGAAACAGUCAGACGUGCACAUAGACAGACAGUAGGCCUAGUCCUUCUGCCUAAUGCACGGAUAUCAUUGUAAGUUUAAUUUGAAAAUCCCUUGCUAUUUUGUUUCGUUUUUCGUUUUGUGUAACCAAAUCAGAACUGCUUCCAUCUAUUAACCUCAGCUCACUUUAUGCUGUGCCUGUGUGCUUUUUGUAACUUGGCAAUGGAACCUGUUUACACCCCUGCUGCUCUUAAACUUUUUCGCUGCCACACCCCCCUGGACCCGACGCUGUAUAAACUCUGCUGCUCGCUUGGAAUUACUCGUCGUUCACGUUAUGCUCAUCGCUUCAAAAGAGGACCGACUCUCAUCUAUGGACACGAUGCUCAAAUCCCAACUUUAAACACACCCGACCGUCGACGACCACAGCCAAGAAACAGGGGAAUUAACUUUGACAACCUUAGUCACCCUCCUAGGCUGCCUCCUCCUGCCUCGUCGUCACAUCAGAACUUUAACAUUGGCAACCUAAAUGCGCGCUCAAUCACAAACAAAACGGCCUUAAUAAACGAUCUGAUCAUUGACAAAAAAUUUGACCUGUUUUGUCUCUCAGAGACCUGGCAACAACCCGGUGACUGCAUUAAUUUAAACCUGCUGACCCCCUCUGGCUACUGCUACUUAUCCAAACCCAGAUCUGUAGGGAGAGGGGGCGGGUUGGCUGUAGUGUACCGCUCAGAUCUGACUAUUAAAGAACUUAGGCCAUUUGAAGGGACAUCCUUUGAAUAUAUUGCUGUGAAGGUUGUCUCUACCCUACCACUUUUACUAUUGCUAAUCUACCGCCUCCCAAAACCAUCUGCACAUUUUCUGUCUGAAUUCAAUGAAUUUCUCACUGUUCUUUCAUCCCUUUCUUCUGCUAUGAUUAUGUUAGGGGAUUUUAACAUUCAUGUGGAUACUAAUUGUUCUUACACCUCAGAGUUUAACUCUGUAUUGGACUGUUUCAGUUUGACACAGCAUGUUGACUUUCCCACUCACACUCAUGGUCACACGCUCUGCUCUUCUGGUCUGAAUGACAUCUCUGUCUCUGGUUCCAUCUCUGGUGUCUCUGACCAUAAGCUGAAUGCCGUUUUCAUAUGAUCACUCCUCCCUCCUCAGAGAAAACAACUAUCACAGGUCGUAACAUCAGAUCAAUUGACCACAGCAUGCUUGCUGCCUCUAUACAGGCCUCGCCGCUGUUUGACCUGGAUGAGCUCUCGUCCGCGGAUAACCUGGUUGCUAUGUACAAUGACACCCUGACCAGCCUGCUUGAUAGCUUAGCCCCUGUCAGGACUAGGCUUGUACCAGCAAACCGUACAUGCCCCUGGUUCACCCUUGAGCUGAAGCAACUAAAGGCCGCUGGCCGCCGUCUUGAACAGCUAUACAAGAAAACUGGCCUUACAAUUCACUCGGAUGCUCUACACCGAACAUAUAUAUAGACAUAUAGGGAUGCACUCAAUGCUGCCCGCUCAAACUACUACUCAUCACUCAUAACCUCCUCCAUGUCCAGGCCAAAAACCCUAUUCAGGACUCUGGACAAACUCCUAAAACCCC